CGACAGGAUUCUGGACGAGCGAUGUUGGUACUAACUUGCUUUAAAAAGGGGUACAACUUGUACGCAACUCUUCACUAGAUAUGUUUGCUAUUGAGCGGUACGAAGCCACAGAGGCGCUCGAAAAUCGACAAGACGGCCAAGCCGAGAAGAACGACAAGCUUGCCCAGUAUCUGGCGCGAGUGCGGUCACGACAUGGCCUUAAGAAGGAGAAAAAAAGCCAAAAACGACCUCGAGUAGCAGAGGAGGGGGUAGGACAGCCGACAGAUGUUCGCGCUCCCUCAAUGGAAAGUUCGGGCCUAGAACGGAAAACAAAGAAAGAAGAUCGUGGAACCGAGAUGUGAGAGAACGACGCAGGGUACGCAGGCAAAAGCGAGGCACCCGGCGGACCCUCCCCCUCUCCCCUCGGCAUCGCCCGCAUUCCUGCCUUUUCCCACGUCUGGGACCCCUUCUUCCCUCCCUGCCAGCUCCCCUCCCUCCCUCGACCCUCCCAGCCGUGCCACCCCAGGGCUCGACAGCGUGCGUCGCCUCUUGAGUGGGCACAUGCACAAGGCGACCCGGAGCCGACCGCUUCCCUUCCCACCAGUGGCCUCGGGAGGGACGGAGAUAGGACGGUCGGAGGGAGCCAAGAUGGAAGAGCAGUCUACCCUGGCCUCGCAUACCGCCCCCGGAAAGUCCUCUUU